AUGCGCGCUAGACCUAUAGCUGGAGCGUCACGUGACUGGGUGACGUCAUCAGGUGUCAGUAGUUCAGCCUCGCUGUCUUGCGUGUUGGAUGAUCUUGAGCCUGACACUUUGUACGAGGUAGAGGUCACUUUGUCGGUUCGGGGAGACACGAGGCGUGACACGGUCUACAUCAGGACCACCCAAUCAGCUGUCGAGGUAAAUGAUCAGAACUCCACCAUUGUUGGUCUCGCUGUGCUGGUCGCCAUCUUGUUCUUGGUCAUCAUUUGUCUGAUUGUCUACAUCGUGGUGCUGAAGAGGGCAGGUCUUACAACAAGGAAAAGAAGACCUGAAGCUGAUAACCCAGGCUACUCUGGAUUCCAGAAUGUGGCAAUGCAAGAAAAUGCGAACCAAGACCAGCACACAAUCCCAGAGAUGGGAGACUAUGAGGUCGCCCCAUCGGAAAAUAGGGGACCCACCCCAGACCCCAUUCCACAAUACGAACCAGUGAACAAUACACAAGCACGACCAACCAAUCGUAGAAACGUCACGCAAUAUAAUGUUGUAACGCAAGGGGGCAAUGUCACGCGAUACAAAGCUAUGAAUAGACAUGCAUCACGUGAUCAGCACGUGCCAGCCAAACGCCAGUACGAUAGCGUCGAUAGCACGAGAAUGAGUACACAGAAUCCACCCGCGAGGAGAGCAAGGAACGGCACAGGUGAUCAAGGCGAGCCAGAUUAUGAGAACACAAGAAAACGAGGUUUACCACACGAAGUGUACCAGUCUUUAGAGGCGACGACACAACACAGUGAUUAUGCGCAGUAUGCCCCACUGCAUCCUGGGACACGCAUUGCGGCCAGGCCUGGUGGUAUUGACGAGAGGGGAGUAGGCACAGACAUAAGAGGGAGUGAGUACCAGGAGUUGCACAGGACUGAAACCACAGAUCCAUGUUAUCAACGGGUAGGCAGUAGCGUUAGUAGCGCGUAGGAUGCUCAUAUCGUGGAUCCGUGUGAUCAACGGUUAGGCUCUAGAAAUACCACUAGCGAGUGAGAUAGUCCCGCGGAUCCGUGUGAUUAAAGGGUAGGCAGUAGAGUUAUUAGCGAGUGAAAUGCUCAUGUCGCGGAUCCAUGUGAUCAACGGGUAGGCAGUAGAGUUAUUAGCGCGUGAAAUGCUCAUAUCACACGUACACGUACACUUGAGGUAAAUAUUAUCAAAUAUUUUGUCACUAGUCAUCACCACGCAAAUUUUGUCAUACCACAGUGACCGAGAUUACCGUGUUGCCCUAUGUUACCAUUCACAUAAACUGGAUAUAUCAACAAAAGAUCCUCAUGCUAUCCCUCGCUAUUAUCAUGCGGUAAAGUAUACCAGGAACAAUAAAGAUAAAUAUGUUUUUAAUGCCGUUUCAAUAGAAACCCCUGAAUAUUAUGAAUUUUUCUAUUGCUGCUAGUGGUUAGUUAUCUUUGGAAGCGCAACCAAGGUAUCCUAUCGUGUAGACCUGAAUCAACACGUCUUUCACAGUGUGGGUUUACAGAGGCUCGCUUCCUGGUUACUGCCAACAUGAACUAAUUUGCUAAUUAUAUUUGACGUUAGUUGUAUCCCGCACGGCACGCAAUAAAAAAUUCCCAUAUA